AUGACUUCAUUCCAGCUUAUUUUUGAGACGACUACUCUGUUGUUUGAGAUCUCCAUCUUAUCUCCUGAUACUAUUGCCUAUUUCAAACUGGAUGAAGAUACUGGUAUCAUUUCUACUACAGGCACACCUCUGGAUUAUGAAAAAAAUCCAAAGAAGUUUGCAAUCCCAAUCAAGGUUAGCAAUACAAAGCAUAAUGCCAGCUCCUGCACAGGCUUAAUUACAAUUUCUCUUCAUAAUGAAAAUGACGAAGCUCCAAUUUUUAAAAGCUUCACAGACAAACUUAAUGUUCUUGAGAACCUUACUCCUGGUAUGGUGAUAUACACAUUGCAGGCAGAUGACCGAGAUGUCGAUGACAGUGUGCACUAUGAAUUUGCAAAUUUUUACAAUGGGUUUUUUAUAGAUGAAGAUUCUGGAGAAAUCAAAGUUUCCUUUCCUUUGGAUUAUGAAAACCCUUCAACCCUUCAUGAGCAAAGAUUGGUGGUUCAUGCUGUUGACAAUGACAGAGUUCAUAGUACAGAGGCAGUAAUAAUGAUUAAACUUAUAGAUGUCAAUGAUAAUUAUCCUCAAUGUGACGGUUUUCCCAACGUGAUUGAAGUUGCAGAAACAAUUCCUGUUGGCACACUUCUUAUGUCACUAUUAUGUCGGGAUAAUGAUGUGAAUGCCCCAAAUAAUGUUCUCAAAUAUAAUAUGGGAACUCUUGAUGUUUUUUCAAAUAAUAAAUUUACUCUUACUGGCAACAAGCUAACUGUUGGACCUAAUUCAUUCGACUAUGAUAAUGAAACAUUUGCUGGGAUGCAGUUCAUACACUCCCUGCUAAUUGAGGUUUCAGAUUCAGGAGCACCUUCUCUGACAAGUACUGUUGCUGUUAUUGUAAGAGUUACUAGAGUAAAUGAAGCUAGUCCAACAUCUUCAACAAAUGAGUUUUUUGUACAAGAGAACAGCCCUAUGGAGACCAUGGUUGGCAAAGUUAACUUCGCAGACACUGAUUGGCCAUUUAAUAAUAUGAAAUUCACAUUUGAUUCAGGAGACUAUGGAAACCCACCAAGAUUCUAUAUUGAGCCAGAAACAGGUGUUAUUAAAGUACUAAAUCAGCUUGACUUUGAAAAGAAGAACCAGUACUCAAUUACAGUGCAAGCAAUUGACCUGAACAAUGAUAUCCAACCUGAUCCUCUGAAGCAAUUAAAAAAGCUUGCUGUUGCUACAAUACACAUCACAAAUGUGAAUGAUGAGGCACCAGUUUGUGUUCCUGCAUACUACGAGAACAUUAUCUAUUCAACAACAAAAUUGCCUGUCAUUCAGUUGCAGUGCUUUGACAAGGAUUCCUCUGCUGACCAGCUUAGUUAUUCCAUUAUAUCAGGAAACACUCCAGAACGCUUUGCUCUUCAAAGGAAUGGUUUAGAUUAUCCAUUUUUAGUGACAAAUCAAAAUUUUCAGUAUAAUGUAUUUGAGGGCAUUAAAGACCCUACUGUCUUUCAACUACUAUUUGAAGUCACUGAUGAAUUUGGUGGAAAUAAAGCAUUACAACUGUCUACAACAGCUACUGUAAUCAUUCAUGUGAUUCCUUGGGUUACUACAUUACCGACAACACCCUCAGAACCAACAACAACAACAGUGACUACAUCCGUGCUCGUUCGAACAUCAUAUUUUUGGCAUCCUGAUAAUUGGUUUCCUGCUGUUAUUACAAUUACAGCUGCUUUGUUUUUGCUAUGUCUUUACGCGUUGGCUUGGGGUUUCCUGAAAGAUGUUCCAAAAUAUGCAAUCUUUUUUCCUCUUUGCCGAAGUAUUCAUAAGCCCCUGAAAUCACCCAAACCAUCUGUUCCUGAAAAGAGUGCUAAAGGUCAAAGCAAAAAACAGGACUCACUCAGCAAUAAUCAACAACCUGCAGAGAACCCAAAUAUUUUGCCUGGGAAUCCAGUCGAUGCUGCACUGUAUUAUGAUGGCCGUGCUAUUGAUCCAGCUUCAGGAAGUCAUUACCUGUUCAACAGUCAAACAGGCGGAGUGAAGUGGCUUAAUUAGAGAGAAGAAUUUCUGCUCUUUUGAUAGCACAUCAGCUUAUAAACAAGAUAUGGGUAGAGGAAAAACAAUGUUACUGGAACAAAAUGGGUACUGGAAA